AUGGAAACUGCGGUAUUGGAAUGCAAACAUCCUCACUCGCGUGAAAGAUCCACUUCUCGGUCCGAACCAGCAAGGAGCCUUAAUAAGGAGAUUGAUCGGUUAGAAACAUUCCAUUUCUGUCCACCGUCAAUCUCAUCUUUCAUCUACAACAAUAAGGAGGAACUAGCACGGUGGGGGUUCUUCUACGUCGGACAGCCAGAUAUGGUGAAGUGCUACUUUUGCAAGCUAGAGCUUGCAAACUGGGAACCGAACGAUGAGGUGACCCACGAGCACCGCAAAUGGUCGCUUUACUGUCCGCUGAUGACGAAGCGUCCCACGAACAAUGUGCCGAUCGUCGCGAAUUUUCUCGACUUUCUGGAGGACAUUGUUCCGGACGUAACCGGCACUACGGAUGAGAGAGCAACCACCAGCUCAGCGGCAACGUUUGCAAUACCCCGAAGUGUCGAGCCGGAACCCGAACCAAUCACCGUGCUGGAAGAUUCUGUACCGAUCUACAACCCGAAGUACCCGGAGUAUAAGAUGGAGGUGGAACGAUUGUCAAGCUUCAAGGAAUGGCCGAAAUCGAUGAGGCAAACUCCCGCGCAGAUGGUCGACGCUGGUUUCUUCUACACCGGCAAGGGUGAUAUCGUGAAGUGCUUCUGCUGUGGUGGUGCCUUAAGGGACUGGCUGAAGGACGAUGAUCCAUGGGUGGAGCAUGCAACCUACUACAGUGGGUGCUUUUACGUCAAUCUGAUAAAAUCGGCCGAAUUUAUACGCGAAUGCCAGACGAACAAAUCGAAAGAUAACAGUGAGGUGAAAGGUGAAAAUGAUAUCCCCAAAGAGGCGGAACCCGUUGCUGCGGAACCGGAGGAUGACGAUGAAAAAUGUUGCAAGCUUUGCUACGUUAGGCCGUACGAUACAAUAUUCAUGCCCUGUCGGCACGUCGUGGCAUGUGGGAAGUGUGCAUCCGCCACCGUAAGAUGUCCGUUGUGCAAUGAACCGUAUGUGAACAUUUUGCGCAUCUACCUUCCGUAG